GUCUCGCGCUGGGGUGUGCGCACAGACGAGAAGUGGAAGAGCGGCACACCCUCCUCCAGCCCGCCCAGGCAGCUUCGGGCGGGGAGCUGGGAGGCGGGAGACGCGGAACGAGGCGGGGCGCCCUCGGCGAGCUCGUGCAGCCCCCAAGUCGAAAAGGCCCGCAGAUCUGGAGGGAGCCCCGCGAGGUCAGGAUGAUGCUCCUAAGGUGCUCCCGGUCCUGGCACCCGCGGCGGCCGCAGACUCUCAACACCUCGGGCCGCUCGGGGCCGCAGCCGCUGACGUCCCAGGUUUUGUGUGUGAAGCUGUGUGGAAAUCUGAAAUACCAUCAGUCACAUCUUUACAGUACAGUGGUGCCACCAGAUGAAAUAACAGUUGAUUACAGACACGGCCUUCCCUUGAUAACACUCACUUUGCCAUCCAGAAAAGAACGUUGUCAAUUUGUGGUCAAACCAAUGUUAACCACAGUUGGUUCAUUUCUUCAGGACAUACAAAAUGAAGAUAAAGGUGUCAAAAGUGCAGCCAUCUUCACAGCAGAUGGCAGUAAGAUUGCAGCUUCAACGUUGAUGGAAAUUUUGCUAAUGAAUGACUUUAAACUUGUCAUUAAUACAGUAACAUAUGAUGUACAGUGCCCCAAGAAAGAAAAACUGAGUAGUGAGCACACUGCUGAAGUGGAAAACAUGAAAUCCUUGGUUCACAGACUGUUUACAGCCUUGCAUUUAGAAGAGAUUCAUAAAAAGAGAGAGCACUGUUUACUCCAGCAAAUUGACCACCUUAAGGGACAGCUGCAGCCCCUCGAACAGAUGAAAGCUAGAAUUGAAGCUCGCUCAGAAGCCAAAACCAGAAGACUCCUGUGGGCUGGAUUAGCGCUGCUCUCCGUCCAGGGCGGGGCUUUGGCCUGGCUCACCUGGUGGGUGUACUCCUGGGAUAUCAUGGAACCAGUCACAUACUUCAUCACAUUUGCAAAUUCCAUGGUCUUUUUUGCAUACUUUUUAGUCACUCGACAGGAUUAUACUUACUCAGCUAUUAAGACUAGGCAAUUUCUUCACUUCUUUCACAAGAAAUCAAAGCAACAGCAUUUUGAUGUGGUACAGUACAACAAGUUAAAAGAAGAUCUUGCUAAGGCUAAAGAAUCCCUGAACCAGCUGCGUCGCUCUCUAUAUUUGCCAACACAAGUAGAGGAACUCAAUGAAAAGAAUUAAUCUUACAUUUUUAAAUGUCAGUGAAUUUUUCCAUUAUGUGUUGAUGAUCCAGCUUAGAAACUGGAAUUUUUUGAGUCUCAUAGUUCAUUUGAAGUUGACCGUUUCAGUAUCUUUUGUUAAUAAAAAAAAAAUGCUUGCCAAAUGCAUAUUCUUGGGAGUUCUCAUUUGAGAUGUUUGGUUUGUGGAUUUUCACUACUUCUUGAGGUUUAAUGCUGGAAGGAGCUUCAUUGCAUCCGAGAAACCAAAGCAGCCGCCGGUGCAGUUUGGCGCCCGGGCUAAGAGUCCUGUCAGUCUGUCCGGCGUUCAUUGCCUGCGAGGAGGGGAAAUGGUCCGUGUGCUUGGCGUUCCUCAUUCCUAGCCUUCAUUUCAAAUCAUCUUGUCAUUAAUUUCUUUUUAAAAAUUUGUUUUUAUUUUAGUUACAGUAUAGUAUUACACUAGUUUCAGGUGUACAGUGUAAUAGUUCAGUGUUUAUAUACCUUCUGAAGUGUCACAGUAAGUCUAAUAACCAUCUGUCACUGUACAUUCAGUGUUUAAAUACAUAGUAGU